GAUCACAACCAACAGCAAAUACUAGCGCAGGGAUGCAAUGUACCAUUGGGAUAGAGGCACUGAUCCAACUAAGAUGAUUUUUAUCUGUUUUAUGCCUGUCAAUAACCUAUACUCUCGACAUAGCAAACCUAGAUUUAAAGUCUCGUUGAUGCCAAAGUCUAAUGAUCUAUUUUUUAAAUUGAGUCUGCUCGCAAGUGUCGUCUCCGCAUUCAGCUUUCCAUACUUUGCGUGACGAUGCCUUGAGAUAUUUAUUCAUGCAUAACAAACUUUUUUAUCG